AUAUUUAAUUCUUGCAACCGAAAAUAUAAUAAUAUUGUAUUAUUGACUUUAAAAAAAAAAAAAUUAUUCUGGAUUAUCGUAAAGAUGGAUAUAACACUAAGUAUCCUGGUGUUCAUCAGCGUGUUUCUUGUCUCAGAGGUUGCAAGAGCUAACGGAAAUGAAGCCGUCCUCGUUGACACCAGAACUGCCACAUCUGACUUAGGAUGGACAACUGCUCAAGAUUCAAAUUGGGUGGAACACACAACAUUGGAUGGAGACGGGAAUGAACGACGAGUUGUUCAAGUGUGCGCAAUUCGAGAUCAAAAUCAGAACAACUGGUUGAGAACACAUUUCAUUGAAGUUGAAUCAGCGAAAAGGAUUUAUAUCGAAAUUGAAUUCAGUAUAAGGGCUUGCGAAGACGUCGCAAAUGUGAAAACCUGCAAAGAAACCUUCAAUCUGUAUUACUAUGAAUCAGAUCGAGAUUCAGCGACUUCAACGUUCCCUCCAUGGAGAGAAGGGCCCUACAUCAAGAUCGACACAAUUGCAGCCGACAAACGGUUUCUCCCGGGUUCCGUUGACACAAACUUUGAAACAAGAGACAUCGGACCUAUCACCAAGAAAGGAAUUUAUUUGGCAAUUCAGGACACCGGUGCCUGUAUGGCUAUAAUGCAUGUUCGCGUGUAUUACAAGUAUUGCCCGCCUCACAAGCAAAACUUGGCAACAUUUCAAAGAACCAUUGCUGGAGCGGAAAUGACGUCACUGGUUGCUGGGGAAGGGACAUGCGUUACUAACGCUGUUUCGGAAAACCGUCGACCUAAGCUCUAUUGCAAUGGAGAAGGAAACUGGAUGGUCCCGUCCGGCACUUGCAUGUGUUCACCAGGUUUCGAACCCGAUACCCACCUGACAAAAUGCAAACCGUGCUCACUGAAACAAUUCAAGAAUCAUGUUGGGAACCAGAUGUGCAAGAGAUGUCCUUCCUACAGCAGUUCAAUGGACACGGGUUCGACCAUUUGUGCUUGCUCGCAUCAUUAUUACAGAGCAGAUAACGAUGACCCGACAAAAGAAUGCACAAAACCGCCAUCAAAGCCAACAAGCCUUGUUUCAACUGUUAACAACACAUCGGUAACCUUGAGUUGGAAACAACCUUCAGACGAUGGCGGAAGAAAUGAUGUGUCCUUCAGGUUGAGCUGCCUGCAAUGCAGCACUGGAUUUGAAAACUGUAAGCCAUGUCCCCGUUCAGUUGAAUUUCAACCAAGUCAGUCAAAGCUAACGAGUACUGCAGCAACGGUUAGAAGACUCAGCGCUUAUUCCUACUAUGUCCUGAGGGUUUACGCUGUGAACGGCGUCACAGACAAAGCGUUGGCUUCAGGCGAAGACGACGAUAGAUUCCUUGAAGCAAGAGUUGAAACAAGCCAAGCAGCACCGUCUCCAGUAGUCGGCGUACGCACUGACACAAACGGCAUCACUCCAAGUUCUAUUCUGGUGAUAUGGGAUCAACCGCAGAUGACGAACGGAGAAAUCAUCGAUUAUGAGGUCACAGUGCAAAAAUUUAGACAGUCGUCAGAUUCGGAAAGUUUCGGAUACGUCGACCCUGAUAGCGUGGAGCCUACGCGUAUUAAUUCAACUACAAAUCAACACAUGAAAAUCGCAAAUUUGACGCCCGGAACUGCGUAUAUUAUAAUGGUACGUGCACGGACAACCGCAGGUUACGGGAAAUUCAGUGUUCCCAUAAAAGCUGAAACAUCAGGGGAACACCCAACUCAGCCAGGAGACGGUUCUCUCGUGGAUGGAGAUCGAACUCUUCAACUUGUUGUCGCAGUAGGAUGUGGGAUACUCAUAGUUAUUCUAGUGAUCGUAAUUAUCCUGUUUUGUACAAGGAGAAAACGGUUUGGCAAAGGAAAGAAACUCGACAUGGAAAAACAGCCAAUGUUUUCCAAAGAGAUUCCAGGGCACAAAACUUACGUUGACCCAACGACUUACGAAGAUCCGCACAGAGCUGUGAGAGAUUUUACGAAAGAGAUCGAGGGUUCGACGAUCAAGAUUGAACAAGUUAUUGGAGGAGGCGAAUUCGGAGACGUAUGCCGAGGUCGUCUGCGCCAAGCAGGGAACCCCGAACAAGACGUUGCGAUAAAGACCCUCAAAACGGGGUACACAACACAGCAAAAACUAGAUUUUCUCGGAGAAGCUUCGAUUAUGGGACAAUUUGACCAUCCUAACGUAAUUAGACUGGAAGGAGUCGUGACAAGGACACGACCACUGAUGAUUGUCACUGAAUUCAUGGAAAAUGGGUCUUUGGAUACAUUUCUUAGAAAUCACGACGGAGAACUCACAGUUCUACAGAUGGUCGGUAUGUUGCGCCAUAUUGCCGAAGGAAUGAGAUACUUGUGUGAGAUGGGAUACGUUCACCGUGAUCUUGCUGCGAGGAACAUACUUGUUGAUGACAGACUUGUCUGUAAAGUGUCUGACUUUGGAUUGAGCAGAGUCUUAGAAGAUGAUGCUGAUGCUUCUUAUAUUACUAGGGGCGGAAAGAUCCCAAUCCGAUGGACGGCACCAGAGGCCAUUACUUUCCGUAAGUUUACUUCUGCAAGCGAUGUUUGGAGCUUUGGUAUCGUUAUGUGGGAAGUUAUGUCUUACGGAGAACGCCCAUACUGGGGAAUGUCAAACCAAGACGUUAUCCAAGCAGUCGGGUCCGGUUACCGCCUCCCAGCUCCGAUGGACUGCCCUCACGCUCAACAUCAGUUAAUGUUAGAUUGUUGGAAAAAAGAUCGAAACCAGAGACCGAAAUUUGUUCAAAUCGUCUCAUCUUUGGAUAGAAUGAUAAAGGAACCUGCGUUGUUGAAGGUUACAAAUGAUUCCACUGCUGCACGCAAGCCAAAGACUCCACAAAUCCAACAUGGGCGGGGCAGUGAUACAUUAACCACGCCCACCACUGAAUCAACCAAUACGACAUCUUCAAACAGAACCACGCCCAAUGACGAUUUGACUGGCCAAGAGGAGACUCCUUUAGUUCGCAAAUCGAACGACAACUCUCCUAAUGGAACGGGUCCCGUACUUUACAAACGAGGCGAAGAUGUACUUAUAUCACCUACAAGUGGGCAUUCAACUCCUACUAAAACCAUGCCCACUACUAGCCCCGCCUCUCUCGGUGGUUGGUUAGAUGAAUUAAGUCUCGGCCAAUACAAAGAUACCUUCAUGAAAAAUGGAUGCGCUUCAUUGGAGCAGGUUCUUCAACUAAAUGCAAGUGACCUUAAAAGGAUGGGAAUCCAAACCCCUGCACACCAAGAACGGAUACUUGGAAGUAUUAUAUCAUUGAGAGAAAACUCAAAUUAUAACGUUUACGGUCACAGAAAUAAAAACUAUUAUCAACAUCGGGCCAAAAAUUAUGAAGCAGAUGCUCCACCUAAAUAUGAAGAAAGCUGCCGAAACGGUAGAAUACCUAACGGUAUACCGGUUUAAUGGAAGACCUGCAGAAACGGUACAAUAAGCAACGGUAUACCCGAUAAUGGGAUAAUUGCAAAAUUCGGCAAAAUAGCUAAUAGUAUAUCAAUGUCAGGAUUCGGCUGCAAGAACAGCUCAACACUUGGCGGUUUACCGGUUCAACGAAACAGCUGCAGAAACGGUACAAUGACUAAUUGCAUAACUGAUUGAAAAUAGCUUCAGGAGUGAUUCAAUACCUAAUAGUACAUCGAUUUGAUGGAACAGCUGCAAAAACGGUGAAAAAAAAUAACAGUAUACCGCUUUGAUGAAAUAGCUGCAGAAACGGUAGAUAUUCAACAGAAUAUCGGUUUAACAAAAAACCUUUAGAAUGGAUGUAAUACGUAACGGUAUAGCACCAUAAUGAAAUAGUUGCAGGACCGGUUCAAUAAUUAACGGUAUGCUGUUGUAAGAAAUAGUUGCAAGAAACAUUGCUAUACUGAACGGUAAUUCGGUAAAAUUGAAUAGCAUAAGAAAUGUAAAAACUCGUUUGCUAUGAAAUAGCCUUAGUUAGCUAUAAAAUUAUAAAAAAGCGCUUUUUUUGUUUUACAUUUAAAUUUUCAUUCCUAAUUUUCAAUUUGUAGUAUUAUUAUUUUUUGCUAAUUUUUUUUAUUAUAUAAUUACCAAUCGCAUUUUUGCCUUUUUUGUUAACAAUUAUACUUGCUGUUGCGUUUUCAGUCUUAAAAAUUUCCCGUUGUAAAAUAAAUAAAUAAAUAAUCAUUAUGUCAAAAUACCAAAAAUGACUCCCCCCCCCCACCCCCCUAAAAAAAGAAGAAGAAAAAAUUAGUAUUGUACUUUGCACGUUAAUUAUCUAGUUUUGGAUACAGCAAUUCCAGAACCCAUAUUCCUGUAUUUUCAUUUUUUGAAUUCACUAUAAAUUCUACAUGGUUAGACUAUAUUUGAAUGGCUUGCAAUUUCAUAUGAAUGAAGCUAAGCGUUGACUUUAUAAUCAUUUCUAUAUUUAUCUUUGUUAAGCUACGUUUUGCACUAAUUUUGUAAUUUUUUUCGUUCUUUUUCAAAAGCUCUAAGAGCUUAUCUGUAUAUAUAUAUAUAAAGAGGACGAAAUGGUCUAAUGAGGGGGAACUCAAUUUUUGGUGUUAUAGAGCCUGUGGGUAGAUUGAACAGAGCUCCACAAUAAAUUUAUAUAAACAAAAACACAUUCUUACUUACCGAUUAUGUUCCUGGGUAAAUUACUAUUACUUUAUUUAAUGACUCGGAUGUCCUUUCUGCUUUGUCCCUAAAAAAUACACUUGGCAUAUUAAUAAAGUAGUAACGAAAUGUGACAUUAUGAACAAAUUUUUGGCCCCCAGUCUAA